AUGGCUGUUCUUGCGAACGCGAAUUUUACCAGCGAGCUGGUUGGUCUGAACGAGACGAGAAAAGCGGUGGAAAAUGCGGAACAUCGUGCUCGCCUCGAGCAGAGGAAAACCGACUCGAGAAUUGGUCGUAAAAACAACCGGGAAUACGCCGAAGCCCUUCAUACCGAAGCUGAUGAAUUGUAUCGAAAAGGUGAUUACGAGUCUGCAUUGGUGCUGUACCAUCGCGCCGCGAACUUGUUUCCUCGGGACAGCAGUCACAGUGUGGCAGCCAGGCGAACCUCCGCAACGAUAAGCUCCUGCAAUAAUCCGUCGAAAGCUCUGCGAAAGGCUUUUCGGGCCACGAACAACGGAGAACGAUUAACGAUGAGUCUGUGCCCGGAAACGGCCGCCGUGUUAGCCAAUGACAGGCUCAAGAAGUCGCCAAAUCCCUCCUCGGUCGCUCAGAUACUCAGAUAUUUCGAUUCCCACAAGAGUUUCUGGAAGACCCUGCCAUCCCCCCGAAGCUCGACAAUUCAGUUAUCGCGAAGCAAAAAGAUAGCGAACAAACGGCAGAUAGCCGAUCGAUCAUUGUCCAACUUGCAGACAGCUUUCAAUUCCGGGAAGAUAACCUCAGCCCUGAAGAUAGCUCAGGAUUUACUCGCGUUGUCGGCCGGCUUCGAGAAUCCCAGUCGUUAUCAAAUAGCCGCCUAUCACUAUUUGUCCUUGAUUCACGUAGCACUGGGCAGACACGAUCGAGCAGUGUGCAACGUGUCCCGCCUGGUGCGUUUAGCCAAAAGCACCGACGACGAGGUUCAGGUCUAUCGAUCUUUCGUUACCUUGGGAAAGGUGCACCUGAGUUUCGGGCACCUGGACGCGGCCGCCAAGUCCUGGGAGUACUUGUCCAAGGAUUUGAAGGAACCGAUUCCCGUCGCUUGGAUCAGGCACGAGAUCGGACGAUGUUACUUGGAGACUGGAAAGUACAAACAGGCGAUGGACAUGGCCGUCAAGUGCGUGGAGGCUGCUGCGAAGGGGAAGUCGAAGAAGUGGCUGCUUUAUGGGAAGCUACUUUUAGGUAUCAGUCUGGCGAAGCAAGGGACGUUCGUGGAUGCACUGGAAGAGUUGCAGGUCGCGGCGAAGAUCACCGAGGAAGAGGGUGACACUCCCAUGCUGUCCUAUAUCCGAAACCUUAUCGAUCAGAUGGCGCGCGCCCUUCGAAGCGUUCCACUGGAGGACGACUGUUCGAAACAGAGAAUUUCUCGCGAGCAAAUCGACCAGCAGCAACCGAGACGAUCGAGCCUGUUUGUCAGCCGCGAACAGACCGUAAUAACCACGAUGUUCACACAGAGGAUGAUCACCGAGUACCGAGACGGUUUCAAUAGCGACGCGUCCGUCGACCUGGACGAGCAUACGGACGAGAUAACGAUGCAUUCGGAGAAGACUAAUUCGGAACGGUCUUAUCAAGAGAGCCCGGAUGCCAACGAAACUGUUUCAGGAGGGGGUACCACCUUCAGGAAACAUAGUCGAAGAGCUUCGCGAUGUUCGUCGACUUCGAACGACAAAUUCGAGGAGGAGGAGGAGGAGGAGGAGGAGGAGGACGUAGAAGAAGAGACGGAGUCUAGCGGAACGGAAGACGAUCAGGACGAGGGGGUCAAGUGUGCCAGCAGCAAAACGUCCUUCAAAAGCGCGAACACUACGGCCACUUACGUGAUAGAAGGCGGUGACUCGAAGGUGGACAACGGCGAACAAAAAGGGGUAUCCAGGAUGGUCGAUAACGCCGCCGAAGGCUCUGGCAGCGACAAGAAUCUGGAGAACUCCAUUCACGGAGAUGGAUACCUCCAUGUGAUGGACCAGCUAGGCAAGAUGGAGGACACCGAGCUGCUGAUGUUGCUCAAGAAGAAACUGCUGGAGGAAGAUUGGUCCGAUUUCAGGAAUUCGGGAGAUAGGCAGGAGUGUAGGACACCGAGAUCUCGCCAAGAUACCAACAAGGUCGUUGGGAAUCACUAA